UCUGUGCAUUUCCUGUUUUAUUGUGAAGGUCCAUGUCUUAUGUUAGUGUGUUCUGUUCACAUUUCCCCCUGUCUCGUGUAGUCAAUUAGGAUCAGCUGUGUCUUUGCCAUUCCAUGUCUCCCCCUGUGUGUAUUUAUACUAUGUGUCCUCGUGUGCUCCUCGCCGGUUCAUCUGUGUUUUUUCCUGCAUCAUUCUGUGUCGUCUCCCUGCAUCUCCAUUUUAGGUUUCAGUUCUGUGUUGUGUUAGUUUUUUCCAGUUUAGGUUUCACCUCCUGCUGGCCUCCGUUGCCCGUUCCUAGAUGCCCCUGGUCUCAUAUCGCACUGGACUUCAUCACUGGUCUCCCACCAUCCUCAGUCUCAGAUCAACACAGCCCUGCCCUCCAGCACUAUCAGCAGCAAGAGCAGAAGCAACCCCCCAAACAGCAACAUUGUACCCCAUCAGAUCUACAUUAUGAAGAUGGGUGUAACCAACAUGUGUUAGAGCUGGCAGGCCCCAUUCACAGCAGCAACACUUGUUGUUCAGAUCAGACCAGUUUCUAUAUUAAGGAAGUGAAACUUACACAGUCACUGACACUGUUGAGAGAAAUGGCGCAGAAAGGAGUUCAGCUGGAUCGAGAAACUUUCUCUUGUUCGAUCUGUUUGGAUCUACUGAAGAAUCCGGUGACUAUUCCCUGUGGACACAGCUACUGCAUGAAGUGUAUUGAAAGCUUCUGGGAUGAAGAGGAAAAGAAGAAAAUCUACAGCUGCCCUCAGUGCAGACAGACUUUCACAGCGAGGCCUGUCCUGGUGAAAAGCACCAUGUUAGCAGUUUUAGUGGAGCAGCUGAAGAAGACUGGACUCCAAGCUGCUCCUGCUGAUCACUGCUAUGCUGGACCUGAAGAUGUGGCCUGUGAUGUCUGCACUGGAAGAAAAAUGAAAGCAUUCAAGUCCUGUCUGGUGUGUUUGGUCUCUUACUGUGAGAAACACCUUCAGCCUCAUUAUGUAGCAGCUCAGUUAAAGAAACACAAGCUAGUGGAGCCCUCCAAGAAGCUCCAGGAGAACAUCUGCUCUCGUCAUGAUGAGGUGAUGAAGAUGUUCUGCCGUACUGAUCAGCAGAGUAUCUGUUAUCUCUGCCCUGUGGAUGAACAUAAAGGCCACGACACAGUCUCAGCUGCAGCAGAAAGGACUGAGAGGCAGAGAGAGCUGGAGGUGAGUCGACAAAACAUCCAGCAGAGAAUCCAGGACAGAGAGAAAGAUGUGAAGCUGCUUCAACAGGAGGUGGAGGCCAUCAAUCAGUCUGCUGAUCAAACAGUGGAGCACAGUGAGAAGAUCUUCACUGAGCUGAUCCAUCUCAUCCAGAAAAGAAGCUCUGAUGUGAAGCAGCAGAUCAGAUCCCAGCAGGAAACUGAAGUGAGUCGAGUCAAAGAGCUUCAGGAGAAGCUGGAGCAGGAGAUCACUGAGCUGAAGAGGAAAGAUGCUGAGCUGAAGCAGCUCUCACACACAGAGGAUCACAUCCAGUUUCUACACAACUACCCCUCACUGUCAGCACUCAGUGAGUCUACAGACUCAUCCAGCAUCAAUAUCUGUCCUCUGAGCUACUUUGAGGAUGUGACAGCAGCUGUGUCAGAGGUCAGAGAUAAACUACAGGACAUUCUGAGAGAGGAACGGACAAACAUCUCACUGACAGUCACUGAAGUGGAUGUUUCACUGUCACAACCAGAGCCAAAGACCAGAGCUGGAUUCUUAAAAUAUUCAUGUGAAAUCACACUGGAUCCAAACACAGCGUACAAAAAGCUGUUAUUAUCAGAGGGGAACAGAAAAGCAACAUUUAUGGAACAACAACAGUCUUAUUCUGAUCAUCCAGACAGAUUCACUAGAUGGUCUCAGGUCCUGAGUAGAGAGAGUCUGACUGAACGUUGUUACUGGGAGGUGGAGUGGAGAGGAAAAGUUGAUGUAGCAGUCGCAUACAAGAAUAUCAGCAGAGAAGGAGAGGGUUAUGAAUGUUUAUUUGGAUGUAAUGACAAAUCUUGGUCAUUAAAUUGUAACAACAACAGUUUUACAUUUUGGUACAACAACAUUGAAACUCCUGUCUCAGGUCCUCGUUCCUCCAGAGUAGGAGUGUACCUGGAUCACAGAGCAGGUAUUUUGUCCUUCUACAGCGUCUCUGAAACCAUGACUCUCCUCCACAGAGUCCAGACCACAUUCACUCAGCCGCUCUAUGCUGGACUGUUGGUUGGAGCCACUGCUGAGUUGAUUAAAGUGAAAUAGACUGAAGUCUUUCAUAUUGUUGUAAGUUUAAAUCUGUAUUUUAGUUCCCUUUUAGUUUCUCUCCAUCAUUAUUGUGGUAUUUAUGUGCUGCACAUAAAUCAGAUGUCAGUCAAACAUUAUGGGCAGUACCUCGACAUCUUCAACAUGUUGUCUUGAUGUUUUUACGUUUUAUAGGUGGAGCUCUUUCCUGUGUCUGUUCAGCCAUGGAGACUAUCAAUGCUUAUGGAUAUUUUUAUUUGAAAAAUUUCUCCACAUGACAACAUAAACUUCUCUAUCUUCUAAAUGUUUACUGAAUAUUUUUCUUAGGUAUUUGUAUGUUGUUGUUUCUCUUCACUGAUCUUAACAGAGAAGUCUACAGACCUUCCUUUAUCACACAGAUUUUAUUCUCAUUUGUACAUUUAUAAAGAAAACAAUUAAUUACAGAGCAAUAAGAAAUUUUAAGAAAGUGCACUAUAUCAUAAUUUAUAGUAAAGUGUAUUAAAGCAUCGUUAGUUAGUCACUUAUUUAGUUUGGAGCUGUAUCAUCUGACACUGUAGAAACAUUUCCUCCAGCUUCAGCACAGAAUGUUAAAAACAGAACUAUUAAUGAGAACAAACAGUAGGAACACAGUAUCAGCAAACAUCAUGGCUUAAAAUGGAGAGUAAAAAUCUAAAAAGAAAUAAACAAAUUAGUAAAAAGGAUUUCCUGUUGACAUGUUAUUGGUCCUAUCUUGUCUGCAGCACCUCCAGGAUGCUUCUUAUAUGUUUCUGGUUAUUUUUGCACCAAUUUUAGUUUUUGUCAGUAGGAAGUUCAAGUUCAACUCAGUGUGUUUGUUUGUUUUUUUCAAACUGAUGCCUGACCUUGAACACCAAACAUCUGUCAAUAAAGCAAUGAUAUAAAAUGCUUAUAUUAGUACUGAAAAACUGCAUAUCCACUUUACAAAUAUAAAUAAUGAUAUAAAUCCACAGCUGAACUGGAGGAGCAGCUGAUCUAGUUCACUCAUGUGUUUCUGGACUAAGAGUUGGAGCAAAUACCUUAUGAUUCAGUGAUGUUUGUUUUUGUUCAAUAUUUUGUAGAUCCAAGAGUGAGUUUGACUCAUGAUGAUGAUGUUCCGAAUUAAACAAAGUUGGUCACAAAUUCUUCAAAGCUGUUUAUUAAGAAUAUAUUCACUUGGACUCAUGAGACAGGCUUGUGAUCCAAGGGAGCCAUCAACUGGACAAUUACUGACAUGACAACAAAAAAGCUAAGUACAGAGGGGGGAACAGAGGUGAAAAUACUUGCUUUAAAGGAUUGUAAUGUUUCCUUUUAAAAUAAGUCUCUAAGGUCAGACAAAGGGACAGAAACUCAUAGCUUUCUACCAGCCCAAUGACAAAACUAUAAGUUGUUUUUUAACAUCUACUUUUUCAUCUAUUUGGCAGUCACAGUGAAAAGUAUAAACAUUGGCACGCUUUGUCUUGUGAUUCUGCUGUUCGUAAAAAAUGACCAUGCGCAAAGUACCAGACUUUAAGGCUUUGACUUGAUGCCAAUGGCCUGAGGAGGACAGUAUUACCCUUGGACAUGUGUAGUCUGCCGUCUACUCAAUAGAAGAAGAAGAAGCGCGGAAAUGGCACAACUGUCUUCAGUUUCUGGGAGAGUUUAACAAUGAGAGACUGAUGAUGCAGAAGAAAUCUCCGUGGUUAAAAACAUUAAAAACAGUCGUCCAGGAUGAUGAGAUCCGCCACUGGCUCAGACUGCUGUAUAUCAGCCGGAGACCCGAGAUGAAGUCACGCAGCAGUCCCACAUCAACAUGAAGUGUAAGGAGGAGGAAGAUCUGGCUGGCCAGCAGGUCUGGAAGCAGGAGAGGAACUUCAAUCUGGACCAGGAGGACACAGAUCCCCCACAGAUCAAAGAGGAACAGGAGGAACUCUGCAUCAGUCAAGAGGGAGAACAGCUUGUAGUGAAACACGAGGAUGAAGGCAUCGUCGUCUGGAGCGGGGAAGAGCGGCUCAGACAGCUGCAUAACAUCUGGAAACCUGAGAAAGAUUUACAGACCAGCGGUAAAACUACCUCCACCAGCAAACUGCCUGUAAGGAGGAGGAGUUUGUCGCCAAUCAGCAGGAGAGGAACUCAAGUCUGGACCAGGAGGACCCAGAUCCUCCACAGAUUAAAGAGGAACAGGAGGAACUCUGCACCAGUCAGGAGCUGGAGGAGAUUGUACUGAAGCAGGAGAUCAAUAGUUUUAUGGUGACUUCUAGUUUUGAGGAAAGUGACCUCAGUGAAUCAGAACCAAACGAUGACCAGCUCCUUGCUCUUAACUUUCCUGAACCAGAGCUUGAGGAACAGGAAGAAAACCAGCAUGUGGACUCGGGAUCAACUAGAAAUGCGGAGCUGAAGAAAAGGAGACGUCACAAAAACCGAACAGAUAAGUCUCGGAGUGAAACUGAUACAAGUAAAAAAUCUGUAAGCUGUGACACUUGUGGAAAAACUUUUCAGUGUAAAUCCAACCUGACGAGACACAUGAGAGUUCACACAAGUGAGAAGCCACAUUCUUGUAGCACCUGUGGGAAAAGAUUCAUUUGGAAAUCAGGAUUGGAAACUCACGUAAGGAUCCACACAGGCGAGAAGCCGUAUUUCUGUAGCACAUGUGGGAAAAGAUUUGGUAAGAAAUCAGGACUAGAAACUCAUUUGAGAAUCCACACCGGUGAGAAAGCGUAUUCUUGCAACGUCUGUAGGAAAGAGUUUAGAGACUUGUCGACUAUGAAAAGUCACAGAAGGAUCCACACAGGUGAGAAACCAUAUAUUUGUAGCUCCUGUGGGGAAAGAUUCAGUUGGAAAUCAGGACUGAAUUUUCAUCUAAGGAUCCACCUGAGUGACAAACCAAAUCACUGCAGCACCCGAGGUAGAAAAUGACCUCAUGCUCCAAGUCACGGUACAUUUCCUGUCCACAGCAGUGAAGGGCACUCUAUGUUGUUUGUUCCAGCCCUGACUUUAUGUUUCUCUAAGUUUGAUAUUUUUUUUAUUGGUCUUUAAAGGUGACACAAAUAUUUAUUGAACAUGGAUGCUCUUUUAAUAUUUACCACAGAAACUUGUAUUUCUUCUUCAGUAUAGAAGAAAACAAACAUGAAAAUGAGUUUUUCAUCACUUGUUCCUUGUAACAACCAUGAUGUGAUUCCUUUUUAUCAGCCAAUAAAUAAGUUUUGAUACACAGGACUAAAGAUUUAAAAAAGUUCAAGACAAGUAUACAAUUUUUAUUUAAAUAUGUUUUCUUUGUGAUUUAUGUUAAUGAAGGUUAUACUUCAGCAUGGCUUUGACCUGGUUGUCCUGGUUCUUCUUAGCAACAUGUUGCAAGAUUUGAUUAAAAAUGUUUGUGACUAAUUUUGUGUAUUGUGUAAUCCCUGCUAAAUAAAAGCAGUUAAAUGUGCUAUAUUGGCUCAUGAUAAGUGUUUAUAUCAUUUUGCCUAAAUGCAAGUAAACUCAAUGUUUGCCAA